AUGCUUACUGUCGAUUUCUCGAAUGCCUUUAACCUUGUGGAUAGAAUUGCUCUUUUAAAUGAGGUAAGGAAAAUGUGUCCAUCCAUCUCUGCUUGGGUUGAUUUUUUAUACGGGCAACCAGCUAGGCUUUAUGUGGGGAAUGAUUAUAUUUGGUCUUCCACGGGGGUUCAGCAAGGAGAUCCUUUAGGGCCUCUUCUUUUAGCCUUUGUUUUACACCCUCUUGUUCUCCGAAUCAGAGAUCGUUGUAAGCUUCUUUUUCACGCUUGGUACCUGGAUGAUGGGACCAUUAUUGUUGAUGCUACUCAGGUUACCAAGGCUUUAGACAUCAUUAGAGUGGAGGGACACUCCUUGGGCCUCCUUCUCAACAUUAAAAAAACUGAAGUUUUUUCGCCUACAUGCGACGGGGUGAAGACACAGGAGGGUUUAUUUCCGCGGGAGAUUGGUAGGCCGGUGCAUGGUGUGAAACUCUUGGGUGGUGAUGUCAGUAGAGAUGGGCAGUUUACUAGUGGGUUGGCCCUCAAAAGAGCCAAAUGUGCCGUUGAGCUGAUGGGAUGCCUCAAACGACUUAAGGACCCUCAGAGCGAACUCCUCCUGCUUCGUUCAUGUAUGGGGGUUGCUAAACUGCUGUUUGGGCUUAGAACGUGUCAGCCUUCUUAUGUUAGGGAAGCCGUCUCUGUUUUUGACAAGGGGCUUUGGAAUAUGAUCAAGGAUUUUGUUGUUUGUGGGGGUGCCUUUUUUCGGGGACCUGCAAUGGAGGUUAGCUUCCCUCCCGACACGUUUUGGGGGGCUUGGGAUUUGCUCAGCUGA